CUUAGGAGGUACUUACCCUUAGACAGUGUAGCGGUGCAUGAUCGCACUCCUCCGUCAUGUUGUCUGGAGGGAAUUCCCGGUGAAGUUUGCUAAGCUGGCAUUUUUCACACUUCAUUUUACCCAGCGCCUACGAUAGCAAAUGAGUCAUUUCGCCCGUGGCUAGAGAACAAUGAAGACUGCAAAAGUUUCGGGUUGUUAAGAAUCUCACCAUGAUCGAAUUCUAAAUGGAAGAGAACAGUAUACCACAUGGAUACGUUGAAGGGAAGAUAUCUGAGUGGGAGAACCAAGCGAUGAAUGUUGGUCACCAAUCAGCAGAUGGCGGCAGGCAGGAUGUCCAUCGUGACAACAAACCGCCAACGCAUCAUCAGGAAGUGCUCAAGGCUGUCCUACAUCUGUAUGUUGACCAUGAAGUCGAAAGUGCAGAGGCUAUAUUCGAGAAGCCGAUAGAAGAGCAUAGAAAUCUGACCCUCAAGUUAUUCAAUGCAGGCGGACUUGACAAGUAUUGGAAAUCAGAGGAGAUCAUUAUCCCAAAAAAGGAUUAUGACAGGGUGCGAUACAAGUUCAUUGUAAAAUACCAAAAGGGUGUCUUUGGUAAAUUAACAAGUUUAUUUGGCUUAGGUUCUAAUGAUAAAGUACAUGAACGGAUUUCCAGAAAACUGUACAAAAGUCCAGAUCAGUUUUGCAUCUUCGACCCUCACGGCCACAAUAUUGACGCCAUGAGUAACGGGCAUUUCUUCUUUAUCAAAAUGCUUUACGACGAGACUAAAUAUAUGAACACAUCCUGGGAACUUUUGAUAAAGUGUGAACAUGUAGGAUUCGGUUCAUUAUACUACGGCCAGAAGCAGCUUGACAAGUUCGCUGAGUGGCUGACAAAAGAGGUAGAACAGGGGUUAUCUUACCACCAAAGUUGCUUAAUUUGCGUCCUUUUAUAUCAGCUCGUCAGUAAUCAAUUUUAUCGCUACAAACGAACAAUCGUGUUAUCCACCAUAGUGAAGAAACGCACUGUCGAUACAAUUCUUGAGUCUCUUCAGUCUUGCCCAAAGGAUUAUCUUCCUGAUUCCUCAAUUGAGAGUCUGAAAUGGGUUAGUAAUAAUCUUCAUCGUGCAAGUUCUAAGACAACGAGACUUCAUUAUAUCAACAAUUUUCUAAGUACUCUCGGGGUAGACAUCGUUCUGGAUUUCUGCACUAGCCAUGAAAUGGAGAAAGAGACGGAGUUUGACAGUAUAGUUUCAAGAAUUCUUGAAAGGCUAGCUGUUUGCGAAGAAAAAAAUGCUACUAAAAUGUUUGCAUACCUAAUAGACAAGGCUCCUGCGCUUUCAUCUUUGUGGAAACUUCAUGUUGCUCUUCAAAGCAAUGCAACGUCCUGCACUGACCUGUUCCUCAAAAAAAUAAGAGAGCUUUUUGCAUGGUACAAGAAACCCAACUUACUUGAAGUCGACUUUUGGCAACAAGUCCCUACUGGCCUGAAGGAAGCUCUUGCUGUCGAGUUCUGUCACCAGCUGGCUAGGCAAAUGAAAGAUUCGACUCGAAGGGCAGAGCAGAAAACGGAUAUAGUUAUCACUUACCUGCUUGACAGAGAUUUGCAGAAAUUUGCAAAGGAGGACGUGUACAAAGUGCUAGAGACACUAGCCGCAUCAGUCUCCAUUGAACAUCAAAACGCAGCCCGCAACGUACUCAAUCACCAAAACAUAGCACAACUAUGGGACGCUAUAGAAGAAGACAAACGUGAGAGGUUAGCAAUCGCAAUAUUCGAAGGUUCAACAAGAAAAAUGUCUGGGAAGUUACGCAAAGAAAAGGUGAACAUAUUGUUUGAGUGUCUAGCAGACAUCUGCCAGAUUGGCGUCUGGAAAAACGACGAGAAACUUCUGAGAACUCUUCGCAAGACGGCUUGCGUUAAAGCAAAAGAUAUGGGCCUGGAUGCUGUAGUUGAUGCUUACGAAUCAAUAUCAUCGCUCAAGGAAGCUGCAACAUACAUGAAACUGCUACGAAGCUUGGUAGCCGUGGAACAGGCGAGAGGUGAUUCAGUGUCGCAGCUGUUGGGCAUUGUUAGGAAAUGUUUCCCUGACAUUGAUCGAGGUAGAGAAGAAAUACUUCUUGCUCUUGUUUGUCAGUCGACGCUACUGCAGUCCAACAACGACACAAGCUGUGAAGCUGAUGUUCUUCAGAAGAUGAUCGAGGCGUUUGACCUGUGGAAACUUGCCUUUGGAGCAAAAGGAGAGGUCGCGAGGCUGACUCGAGACGACAACUACCUCCGUGCAAAGAGGGCUGUGAAAUGGUUUGCAAACACUACUGCUGAUGGGACGUUGCCAUUUGGAUUCCUCGAGAAACUAGACAAGAGCAAAUUGAUUGAGUUUUGCUGUUUGACAGAAUGCGAUCCUGGGGGAGGAAACGAAAAGGACCUUUCACUGCGGAGUAGGUGGUCGAAGCGUGUGCAUUCCUUGAUUGACGAGAAGACGAGUGUGAAGGAAAAGCUUCGCAAACUAAACAGAAUUUUAAACGAUGUCUUCAAGACUGCCAGCUUCUUGAAGUUGGAACUUCGAGACAAAAUUACAAUCUUGGAAGAGCUAAGCGUAAGAGGAAAAACUCUAGAUCGUACAACUUAUGCAGAGGCGCUUGAUUCGGCCUACUGGGGUCCACUUGGAAGUAUAAUUAACUGCGUAGAAGGCGUCGACAAGUUCUGCGAUUUGAACAUUUUCGCAAAUUGUAUGUCAGCGAGUCUCCAUGAAUUUUUUAAGAAAAAAGACCACUCAACAGAAGAUAAAGAUGACACCAUGAGCACAGCCGAGUUGUUGUCCAUCAUGACUGAUCACGUCCUCCCCUAUUUCAAGACAUUCGUGCCGAAGAUUCUAGCACCUGAUGGAAGCAUCACAGUUGGUGAGAUGGACCAGGUUUUAAGGGGAAUCGAUGAUGUGGAAGGCGAGCUUCAACGGGCAUGCAGAGUGCUUGAUAUUGACGUAAUACCAGGGCCAACAAAGGGGAUGAUUGCCAGUUACAAAAAUUUCCCCGACACUAAGAGUAAAGUGGAAUCUGUGGUUGAAGUACUUCGUACAUUUGAACUCUGCAACGACUCAGAAAUGAUUACCGCUCUAAACGCCUUUGUGGAAGUGGCGAGUCCAGAGGUGACUUUGAAGUACCUCUUCGAUUCAAUCAACCAGAAGGACGUACAAAUGGUAGACAAAACGAUCACUGACGACUUGGCUGACAUCAUGAAAGAGCUAAGCGUCUCUAAAGAGCUCGUCGACUUUGUACGAAAGACAGCAAAUGAUGACAUGGUGUAUCUUAUUGAUGCCGUAGAAGAGCACUCCGACCAGUUAGUCCAAGCCUCGACAGUAUCAUACCUUAUCGACGUCCAUCGAUUUGUCUGUGGACUAAUCAAAAGCACGAACCCUGAGGAGUUUAUUCAGGCUAUCGAAAGUAGCUACAACAACAUCAAGACUGCUACAAAAGAACGGAAGAAAAUAAGCAAGUCCACAGAAAUGGCAGCCAAGGUUAAAGUGUGCGGACAGCACGUGCAUAGCCUUCGAGGGCUACACGAAAGCCUAGAAAAUCGCGGUGAGCUUACUAAGCAGAUCAUUGCCAACGCCGUUCGACGUGGUUGUUUCCAAAUAGAAAUGAAGAGAGAUGGUCCUUGUGAAGUGCUGCUUACGUAUCCGCGUAGGGAGGGUGGAGACGAACGUGGAGAAAAAUAUAUGGUUGACUUGCACGACCUUCGAAGCAGGGCUCUUCUUAUCGUCAACGCCGACAAAGGAACCGAUGAUGGCCACAUGGAGAGGCAAGGGGAAGUUGUUACUCCAGAAGAACUAUCUCAAUUUAUUGAGCAGGUCGAUCUUGUAACGGAAGUGAGCAGAAAGUAUGAACUUUUGCGCGAUUCGGGGUUGCCAACAUUCCAGAAAAAACACUGGAAGAAACUAACGUCGCUUGAAGAUAUUCAAAAACUCGAAAAAGCUCUUGAAGCUGAACUCAUGCAAUGGAACGCGAUUCUGAGUAAGGCACGGGGAAAACACUUUUUCCUGAAUUUUUUCCAUGCCAGCCAGAUUUGGAAUUUGAAGCAGUUUUUCACAAGUAAAAGCGGCCCUGCAACAACUGAAAAAAGAGUUGCAUUCAACAUGCUUAGGCUGAUAGACCCUCGGUUAGAGUACAAUGAGAUGGACGGGCUUAAAGAUAUGUACAAAGCACCAAAGAAAAACGACACAGAAGCCGAACUGUGUGCAAUCGGCGAGGCAUUAGGAAGCAUCUUCGAAAAACAUUCUCCCGUUGAAGAAAAAGUCACAGUUUCAAGCAUGUCUGAAGGAAAUGUUGAACCAGGGAAAGUCUUUGUUGCUGUUCUAGAGCCAGAGAGCAAGCAGACCAUCCACGUUAUCAUGUCUCUAUUCCAGAACACCACAGCUUCGUUGCCAAAGCCAAGCCAAGUGUUAUUUUGUCAUCCUGAGACCACAUGGGAAGAAGUAGAGCUACUAUUACUUCGAGCAUUCGAAGCAAGCUCCCAUAACCGUCUUAGUGAACUUCACUGCAUUGCCAACGUGCAGGGUCUUCCUAACGAUUUGCAGUUUGACUUGGUCGAUACGAUUAAAAAAUUCACAGCCUCAAGCAAAGGAUCGUUUCGUCUUGCAGUUGUUUGUUGCGGUGGGGCUCAUAAUCAUUUUGCUGAUGAGUUUGCAGACAAUGUCCACCAUUUGGGAGGAAUGGCUGACGCUGAUAUCAGACAAGUCCUGGCCGAGCAGCGACCACAGGUCUAUCUUGUGACCUCAGAGCUUCCUGGACAAGGAAAAACAGAGACUAUCCACACUGAUGCUGCAUUGAAACGUAGAAAAGUUUACACAGUUCCCAUCAGCGGACCAAUGUCACGUUCAAAGAUCGUUAAUCUUUUGUGUAAAUGUUGCUUUAAGCCGUUUCACGCAAUCCAUUUCAGCAUUGGUGCCGUCGACGAUCCACAGGAGCUGGACAUCUUGUUGUUUGAGCUAAUUGUAGUUGGCUCGUUGGCUGCAGGAACCAAACUGUUCCAGUUACCCAUUGACGCUAUUUAUAUUGAGAUUUCAAACACGCUAGGUCAUUCGCUGCGUGAUUCCUUGCCCGUUACAAAGUGUUUUAAGCGUCUGGAAGGAAGGUGGGAAGAGUACAAGAAUACCAUCACGAGUAACGAAAUCACAAGUCCUAUCCAAGUAGUGUGCCAUUAUCUUUUAGCUCGAGAGAAGGGAACGUUGGAAACAACCGAGCUACUGUUUAGCGGGCCUCAAAAGCUCAAGCCGCUGAGUGGAAAACAAUGCAUGCGACUUCUGGCGCAAUAUGUGGUACUGGGCACUGAUCCGUCCUUCAGUAUUCUCGAGAACUUCUUAACUGUUCUUGCCGACCAGCUGAUAAAGUUCACGCGAAGCCAGUUCUUCAAGCCUCAACAUCUUUCAUCGAUGUUUCAAAAGGGACAGGGGCAUGACGUCAGAGUGAAAAUGUUCGAUGCGUUAUUCCAAGUAGCACUUAGUUUCGCUGCACGCUCUGUUGCCACAUGCAAAGCCGUACAAGCUGAGGCGAUCAGUGAGAAGCAAAGUCGGGAUCACACUAAGACAAACCUCUUGGAAACCAAAGCGACAGCCGGGGACAUGGUCGCUCGUGUCGAAAGCAUGAUAAAGUGGGCAGAUAACGAAAACGUUGUCAUCGUGUUCCAUGGUUCGGGAUCCGUAACAGCAAUAUACCGUGCAAUCGAGAAAGUACCACAGUCAGUGAAUGAUCUCUUUCAAAGUCAGGCUGUGGAAGGCCCAGGACUCGAGGACUACAACAAGAUGUCCCAAGAAGAUCUUCAAGUCAGGCUCGAAAGGAUCUGCAAUAUAUCCAACAACAAGACGCAGACGGAAAGUAAUGGAUACGCGUUGACUCCCGACAAUUUCAUGAAGAUGGCACUGAUACUUCAGCGCAUGCAAGCGGGCAUCCCUAUUAUCAUCAUGGGCGAAACCGGAUGCGGAAAGACCAGUCUUGUCAGAUAUCUUGCCGUAACUUGUGAUGUGAAGUUCUACUACUUCCAAUUUCACGCUGGCAUCACCCAAGAUCAGAUAGUCAAGUUCAUUCGCAAGAAAAACCAGGAAGCCAAUAAUCUGCAAAAGACAGGCAAGCCCGUUUGGGUUUUCCUUGAUGAGAUCAACACAUGCGAUCACCUUGGAACAAUCAACGAGAUCGUAUGUCACAGAAAUCUUCUUGGAACUCCGUUGGCAUCAAACCUAGUCUUCAUUGCAGCUUGUAAUCCGUACAGGCUCCGUGACGAGGGGAAAAUUCUGACUGCGGGGCUAGGCGGUAAAGCCGACACAGAUGAAAAGUCAAGACUCGUGUAUCGUGUCCAGCCCUUGCCCGAGACCAUGAUCGACUAUGUUUGGGACUUUGGCUCCCUAGACGAGAAAGACGAAGAAGCGUACAUUGGGAGAAUGGUAGAGGGAGUGCUGAAAGGGAAGCACCGAAAGAUGCUAGUCGAGUUGCUAGCUGCAUCUCAGGCUUUUGUAAGGCUUGUGGAAAAGAACCCCUACUGUGUUAGCCUGCGUGAUGUACGUAGAACAUCAGUUCUGAUCAACUGGUUUGCGGAAAUGCUGGAAAAAAGAAAAGACCUUCCAGACAAGGAGGUGCCGCAAAAUCUUAAGAAGUAUUUUGAAGAUUCCAGAAAGGUCGAUGUAGACAUGCGCGCAAUAAUCCUGUCUCUUGCGCACUGCUACGUCUCUCGUCUACCUUCCACAGACAUUCGAAAGAAGUAUUGUGACAAGAUGACUCAAAUCUUUCAAACCGACAAUUCAUCAUUUUCGGUAAAUGCAUUUCAGUCAGUGGUUCGCGCAGAGCAAGAGGAUUAUCUCCUUAGAAUGGAGCUCCCAGAGGGAACUGCUCGAAACGCUGCACUGCGCGAGAACGUCUUUGUCAUCCUCGUGUGCAUUCUGAACAGAAUCCCUGUUUUCGUGGUAGGAAAGCCGGGUUGCAGCAAAUCCUUGUCGAUGCAAAUCAUCCGAAGCAAUCUGCGUGGGAAGGACUCGAAAGAUCCAUUCUUGAAGACUCUUCCGCAGCUGUUUGUGGUAUCAUUUCAAGGAUCAGAGUCUUCUACAUCUGAUGGAAUUGAGAAGGUGUUCGAAAAAGCGAAGAAGUACAAGAAAGCUGACAACGUGCUCCCGGUGGUGUUGCUCGACGAGAUUGGUCUUGCUGAGGUGUCCAAGUUUAAUCCCCUGAAAGUUCUCCAUCGCCUUCUGGAGCAUGGUGAUGGAACGCUCCCUGAUGUGGGUGUGGUCGGGAUCUCCAACUGGGCACUUGAUGCUGCGAAGAUGAACAGAGCUGUUCAUCUCUCGCGCCCCGAACCUGACGUAGAAGAUCUUUUCCAAACUGGACUAUCUCUGCGUGAAGCACAGGUUAGUCAAAAUGAAAGGAGUAGGACUCGUUCUGGAAAGGCAUAUGAUUCCUCUCAACAGUACGACAAGGAUCAGAUUCGAAGCUUAGCAGAAGCCUACUUCGACUACCAGAAGAAUCAGAAGCAAGAGAACUUCCACGGCCUGCGAGAUUACUACUCGAUGGUGAAGUGCAUCGGCAACAGGAAGGACGCCGACGAAUGCAAUGCAAUUCAGGUCGCUUUACAAAGAAAUUUUGGCGGCCGUUCUCUUGGAACUGGAAAAAUCCAGAGUGUGUUUCUGGAGAAACUAAAGAAACACCAGGUUGUAGGGGAAGAAACUAGUCUACCGGUGAAAGAUUUGAUCCGCGACAACCUUUACGACAAGACGGCUCGACACUUGAUGGUCAUCACUAACGGCGAUUCAGCCAUUGGAAUUCUUGACAGCACCUUGGCCGAUCUGAAGAAAGAGAAGAUAACAAUUUUUGGGAGUCGUUUUGAAGAGGAUCUAUCUGCUGAUUACAACUAUCGUGUAUUAAGUCGGAUCAUUCUCUGUAUGGAGCGAGAUUGUGUGCUGAUUCUCAGAGAUCUGGAAAACAUCUACGGUAGCCUGUAUGACAUGCUUAACCAGAAUUACGUGGUUGUCGGGGGAAAGAAGAAUUGUAGGGUCGCUCUAGGGCCAUACAGCAAUCCUAUGUGCCAAGUACACGAUGGUUUUCGGUGUAUUGUUCUUGUUGACCAGUCUAAAGUAGAUUACACAGACCCACCUUUCCUAAACCGCUUUGAGAAGCAGUUGUUGAGAUUUUCUGACGUCUUGUGCCCGGAGCAAGCAUCAAUCAUCGAGGAACUGAAGAAGUGGACGAAAAACAUAUCCAAUUGGGAUGUCGAGGUGUCGUCUGAAUACCAGUCUCAGGACGAGUCUAACGAGGUGUUUGCUGAAUGCGACAUGUUCGCAGGUUUUCACGAGGACACUCUCCCUUCCCUUGUUUUGAAGAUAUCGGAAAACAAUGACCUGCCGAGAGAAGAAAUCGUUCGAAGCUGUAAGAACCACCUUAUGGACGUGGCUUGUCCUGAUGGUGUUCUGCGAAGUGAGAAGUCUAGACUCAAUCAUGAAAACGACGAAGAAGUAAGACAUCUCUCAACAGAGUACUUCAACUCACCGCAACAUCAUGGUUUCAGGUAUUACUUGGAGUGUAGCCUGAAUACAGAGGAAGAUGAGCAGUGCAAAGGAAGAAAGUUUCUAGUAAUGACACACAGUAACAUCCACGCGGACUUGAGCAAAGAGCUAGAAGGGCUGGUAGAUGUGCAGUCUGAGAAACUGAGCUCUUUCAAGUCUGAAAAGCAGCUUUCGAAACGAAUCAAGCAAUUCUGGUUAGAUGAGCACAAGUCACUCUUUGUUCUGCAGUGCCUACCUGAGCACGAUUCUGAGCAUAUGCUGCUUGCUAAAGCCAAUAUCGAACUGCAAAGGGAGAAAUACUUCCGGACAAGAGGGAGUAAAUCGGAGAUCCCUGCCAAGCAUGUGUGUAUUGUGGUUCAUUUACAACGAGGAAGACAUGGCUUUAAGAGUUAUCCUGAGGGCUGGCAGUUCAAUUUCUUAAGCGGGUGGACACAGAUGAUGUUGGACGAGCUUCAGAGGCCUCGUGUAUCGAUCAAUAGUCUUCUCGGUAUUGAAAUAUCAAACACCCUGACCGCUGAUGUGAUUCCUAUCAGAAAUAUCAUCUCCAGUCAACUGAGUUGGUGUUUCACCCGAAUAAGGUAUCCUCCAUCUAUGAAACUAAGGCCUGAUGAGAUUCUUAAACGGGCAAAAAACAUUUGCUCAUCUGAAGUCGUUCUUGAAUGCUUUCAAGACAUCAUCAAGCUCUGGCUCAGCAAAGAUGAAGAUGCAGUGUCCACUAUAGAGAAAGAAGCUUGGCAGGUUUCUGUUGCAUGUGAUCGUAAAGCGCUAGCUAACUGUUCCACAUUCGUCAAAGCCUUAGAGCACUUUGUUUACAGUCGCAUUCGCGAGCCUCUUGCCAAAAUAGUGUUCUUUAUGGAGAACAAUUCGCUCUGGAAUUGUAUUUCUGGUAGUGAGGAGAAGCUAACAACUUGGCGAGAACUGAUGGAUGACCCAGAAAUGUUUGACAUCAACAAGGUUUCUGAUCAGCAAGGGGCGGAAUCCCUUGUGUUCACAGGCACGCAGGUGGAACAGUUAUUCCCGUUCUCGCCCUUCUUUCGCCAGAUAAUCGACAACGCGUCUGAGUUUUAUAGUCAGGAGUACCGAGCACUGCUUCUUGACGACGGUAAUCUGGAUAUGGAAGGAAGACUGACCGCCAACUCUAGGAAACUCUUGCUUGCCAGAGUAUGUAGUGUGGUUGAGCAACGCAUCCCAGCGUUACUGAAUUCAAGCUUCCUAUGCUCGCACAUUGAAGACUAUGUAGAUGAUAUUCUGGACGUGAAGUCUGAAAUGAUGUCCUCUAAACUGUGCAGAGAAGUCCGUGUUAAACUUCUAAGGACAGCAUUUCUGAAGGAAAAAGAAGACAGCAUAGUAUCUAUCGUUUCUCUUGUCCAUAGCUUUUUCUGGGAGGAAGAUAAUGUUGCUGUUCCCUUGAUUGAGUUCGUCACAGCCGCCCAGGACGUUACUGGAUUAAAUCUUGAUCAGGUGAUUGAUUCCUUUCUUAAAAUGAAGGAGGGAUUAGGAAACGAAGACAAAGAGCUCGAAGACACUGCUGCUGUUGACGAAGAGACGGAAAAGGAAGAACAGGGAAGCAGCAGAACGUCACCAAUUCCUGUCCAGGAGUCACUUUGUGAUAUCGAUGUGCAAUCCAAAGAACCCACAGAACACGAUGAGCGGAGUUUUGCUAGACAGGAAGUUGUUUCCCUGGAAUCAGUUCUUGAUCAUGAAAAUCCCACGUCUAAGCAUUAUGAAACUUGUGAUCCAACAACAGCAGCUGAAGAUAAAGUCAGAGAGGACUAUUCAAGUGAGGAGUGUAAAGAAGAAAGUGCAGAGCACCAAGACGACACCUCUCAAGAAUGCGAAAAAAAAGGAGAAGAUAUGCAAGGAAUUCCUGAUGAUUGCUCGGAAGGUAGCCAUGGAGUAAGUACCGAGGAUGGGUCUGAAGGAUUUGUGGAAGAGGAAACACAAACGCUGGAAAUAUUCCUCGUAGAAGAAUAUUGCAAAGCGCUGUUGCCUACCAAAGACAUUGUUUCAUCCAUUGGGGGUGUUGUCGAGUGGGCAAAAGCAGUCAUUCACCUUUUGCCAUUAGCAAGUAAGCUACAAACCGGUCACCCAAUAAUCCACUUCUUGCGAGUGUGUCAUGAUUUUUUAACAGAAGUGCUUCUACAAGAAUCACUUAAACCACUGCCACUCUAUCAUAUCGCAGAGAUAGGAUUGCAAAAAGAAGUCCAAGAGAAAGGUUUUCUUGACUCCCCAUUAUGUUUUCAGCAUGUUUGUGAGGUUGUUGAUGGUCUGAGAAAAGACCUUAAAAAUGAGGAUGUGGCUGACGAAUUCAUGCUGAGAAUGUUCGCAAGAUGCAUUGAUUCAAAUCAAGACACUGAAGUGAUGCCAGACAUUCUGCAGAAAAUAUCGCUCUCGGAAGACGAGAGGCUGUUGACAUUAGCAUACCCCAUCAUCUAUCGAGUGCUGAGAUCGGAGAAAGAGGCCUUCGCUUUAGAAAACUACGACCAGGUUCUGUCAAAUAAGAUUGAUGAAUUCCCUAAUCUGGUUUUGCUUAGCGAUGUUCUGUCAGCAAUGCAGCAAAUGAAUAAUCGGUUUGUUGUCAUGUGCUGUGACCUAAUCAGUGAGGUGGCAUUCAGGAAUAUCAAGGUUGAGAUGCUAUCUGGUUCAGAAAGCCCAGAGCUGCGUCAUUUCAACAAGGCCAUGGGGAUUUUACUGCAAGAGAAUAUUGACAGCCUUUUUACUACUCUGUGUAGCGUCGCCUAUGUCAGAUUCUUCUUGGCGUCUUUGGCAGAAUUCAUAAGAAAACACCCUAAUUCCCUGACGGAGAAUGCUGACGAAUACUCUUUGCUCAUUGAUGACAUCAAUGCCGCUAUGACCGCAGACAGCCCCACAGAAACAACACGAAUGCAGGUUGGCAUUUUCCUUCUUAAGCAAGUCCACGAGAAGCUUCCUAUGUUCGAGUUGAAACGCAUAUGUGAGCAAAACAGCAGAUUGAAAGCACUAAAGGAUCUGAUGUGGAGCAGCCCAGACCCAGCUGUUAAGUUGAGUCUAAAUCCUUUCGACGACUACGAGAAUUCCUCGACAGAGGAUACCUCUUCCCAUCCAGAUUCUCUUAACUCAAGCAAAAGGAGGAUGAAUUUUGCUGCUUCCAAGGUGACCUCGUUUUAUCUACUUCGCUCUGCACGCAACAUCAAGGACACAGAAGACAAGGCAGCAGAUCUUAUCGCCCAACAACUAAAGGAUGUCUCAAAGCCGUAUGAAGAAUUCAUUCUACGAAUCCUUAACCGGAAAGCGUUUGGAUGCCAGAAGCUAGAUAUCUCCCCAGAAACAUGCUCAAACGACGUUCAACUGGCAGCUUUCCUUGCUCAUCUUACGGCUGUGAUCACCUCCAACUGCAACGAAAAGAGCCAAAGCACAUUAGAGCUUCUGUUGACAGAUCCCGUUAAGCUAAAAGGCGCGUGUAUUCCCAGUCUCCCAAAGAAAAACCCCGAAGAGUACAAGACUAGAAACAUCAGCAUUGUCACUAGCAGUCAGAUGCAAUGUUACUGCGAGAAAUGCCAGGGACUUACGGUAAUGUUCAAGUGUAGUACCGCAAAACCACGUUGUGCCAGCUGUGGCUCCUCGAAAGAACCUUACAAGGAGGACAAGGCUAAGCAUUCUGUGGAAGCCCAGCAAGAGGUUAGCACAGGCUAUGUUCACUGUGAAACGUUUUCCCUGACAGACGAGACCAUUGCCAUUCGCCAACUCACGCCAGUAGAGUUCCGUGUCUUACAUCUACUUAUCCAUUCUUUGUUACUCAUGGGGAACGCCAUUAACCUCAUAGAUAAUGAGAAACUGGCAAAGUUUCUUUUCAAAGAUGACGAUUCCAAGAAUGCAAUUGCGUUUUGUUUGGAGCACGUUACAAAUGACCUUCAGGCUCUUUGUAAACUUCUCUGCUCAAACAAUGAAGAUGUCACCAACUUUCUCCAUUGUGCUCUCAAGGAAACUACCUCAUCACUUCUGAAGGAUUUUGGUGUUCCUCUCCCUCUAGGCGACGCUUCUAGAUCAAAAUGGGAAAGAGGGUUUGCAAUGGCUCUCCUUCCUGUCCUGGAAAAAUUCCAGCACUGUAAAAUCAAGCCGUCUCCAAGAGGCGACGCCCAAACCCAAAUCACAGAAGACUUGGUCAACGAAGUUGUUCAGCCGUCUUGUGAAGUGCAGCUUCCGGUUCCGAGCCUAUUUCGCAAUUUGCGCCCAAAGUCGUUCCAGGCACUUCGAUGCAACUACAUGAACAGUCCACGCGAUUUGCAAGAAAAACACGCACUUAUCGGACUGUUCCUGGAAUAUCAUGACAAAUUGCGAUUGGUUAACAAUCUCGUUCCUAUCAUUAAGUGGUGCCGCCUGGUAGAAAACCUCCUGGGUCGACGCUUGACCCGAGCCCAAGCAAAGGAUAAACCGAUCGGAGAUGCUGUCAUCAGAGGAGGGGAGGAGCUUCUGCAGUUGGCAAACGCCAGUCGAGAGACUCUGGAGAAACAAUUUGAGUGUUUCAGGAAAGCAUGGGAAGAUACAGUGUCAUGCAUGAACACAGAGACGAGCGGUCUCGAAAAAUCUUACAUAGGAGAGAUGGACCCUAUAGGCUAUUGCCUGGUCGAACAGCACGAUUAUGGCCAAUCCCUCUGCAAGGUACUUGCAUUUUUAACAAGUAUGCAGAACGAGUUCUUGGAGAAAGUGCUAUCCGUUGCAGCAGCUGGAAAAUGCGCUUCUUUGGGGUUCUUACAGAAAGGGGCCUCCACCAGCUUUCUAUCAGCUGUACACUUGCAAGACGCUCACGAGAGUGAGGUCAUACAGUACAAGUGGACUGACAUCUUCUUGGACCACUGUCAGCAUCAUACAGAAUACGGGCGUGGCAUAGAGAUUAUCUACGAUCUUGAGAAAAUCGAGAAAGACAUGGCUUUCAAGUUCCUUCUUGGAAAGGCGUAUCUCACCACACAGGGAGGGCUAAGAGAAUUCGUUUUCUCCAAACGGCUAUUCCAUGACUGCGCCCAAAUCCUCACAGAGCUCGAACAAACCGUUCCCCAAGAGCCUCUUCCUGAAGAAGUCAAAGGAGGGUUGAAAAGCUUGAUCGAGGACCGUCUAGAGAAUGCUAAAACUUUACUUGAGAACACCGAGAUCGUUCUUUGCUUCUUAAAGCGAACAGGAGGCAAACCAGACGAGAGCCUCAAGAUGUACACUACCAUCUGGAAGUCUCAAGGUUUCUCCAAAGACCUUUUCCCGCGGCUCCAUGACAACCUGAGGCUGAAGCACGUCGUGGCUCUAUACGAGUUCUUGGAAGAUAAACUCUCUGAUGCCGCUGUCAGUUGCGUAGAGAAGCAGUACCGACAGGAGCUCCCAGCCGUAGGGCUACAAGACAAGAUUAAGGAGCUUGAGGAGGAACAGCAGACAGACGUACUGGACGCCGCUGUAGUUGCUCUAAAGCGUUUCAUCUUCAGGUACAUCGAUAUGAAGCCAGAGCCAGGGCAUCCACUUAAGCUCUACAUGGCGGAUCCAUCGCUAUGGCCUAUGGGUGUGGUUGGUGAGCGCCCAGACAGGGAUAACUACGUAUUGUCAAGGGUGGUAACCAAAGUCUUUCCCGAGAUGCUCGUGACCGCGCAUGUGCACGCUCUGCUAGAGUGCUAUGAACAGCAACUCCAGGUGUUCCACGAGAAAAGAAAGGCACCACGCUUGAGAACGAUGUCCUUACAGUUUACAGGACCCACAGGAACUCGACGGCCCAAGCGGAAAGGCGGACGUGGGGGUAUUGGGGCAGGUUUCUCGUGAAAUGCACAUGGUUUCUUGUCACGUGCACUAGCAUACCUUAUAAGGAAGGCUCCGUGCAAACUGCCUGAUGGCUGGAAUUGCUUGCAAUGGGCUUAACAAGAUAAACGUUCGUCUAUUCAAUCAAGCACUUUAAUUUAGAACGCUUGUAUAUCACCCCUUUCAACGAUACUAGAUGCUAGUCUCAACCAGGUUUCUAAUGAUUAGUCCAAGCCAGAACUCAACGCGAAUAUCAAAUAACAGCAGUAAAGUGUAUUAGGUUGCAAGCUCUAAGUCUGAUUGACGUCAUGAAAAAAGAACGUAGAAAGCAGCAUCUAACAAAACCUUUUGUAGCAGAUAUACCACACUUUCCUUGUAGUAUUUAGUUAUUUUAUCGAAGUUUGAUCAAGAAAAGGAUAAUAAUAAUCACAUUCAAAGUUGUAGUCCACGAUAAAUAAGUUUAAUUGAGUUAAUAACUGUAAAGUGGUGGUACCAGUGGUGGUACCAGUAGGGUACAGGGCGCCGUGUUAUUUCUGGAGCGUACAUCUCUUGUUCAGUGGUCAACAAAUAGUCCUGACGUACAUAUAACAAAUAGCCCUGACGUACAAUAACAAAUAGUUCUGACGUAUAUAUAACGUCACAGCGUGUUGUGAAUUAAAAACGGUACCUCA